AUGCCACUCAUCAGAGACGACCACAUUCUGAUAAUAUCACCUGGGUCAGAAACAACUCUCGCCCAAUUCGGUUUGGGUGAGUCACUGGCUCCAGCUUCUAUUCAAGUCCCAACACGCGUUUUCGCAAACCCUUUAAAACACAACCCUGGAAAAGGUAUCAACUACUUUUCUUCUAAAGGGUCUGAGGAAAAUGCAAUAUAUCCCAUUAAAGCAGGUAAAAUUGUUAAUCUUGCUGCUUUCAAUUAUUUAAUAAAAUUAAUCUACCGUGCAGUCAUCAAUAGUCUCCCUAAAAUUAACCCUCCACCACUUACAGCAAUUCUCCUUCUCACAAGCAACUCAUGGUCACGGCUACAGCUUGAAAACAUCACACAGUACGUUUUUGAGGUCCUCAACGUUCCUACCUUUUCCGUAAUAUCCACCGCACUUUGCGCGUCAUUUGCUUACAAUGUCCAAAACGCACUUGUCAUUGAUAUCGGCAAAGACAAGACAGAAAUUACACCUAUUGUGGACUACUCUCCAAUUACAGUAUCUUCGCAAACAAUUCCCUUUGGAUCCUCUUCAAUCAAUAAGUCUCUUAAAAAACUCUUACCCGAAUUUACCGACGCGCAGAUUGAAACACUGAAAAAGUCGGACAUUUUCCAGGUCUUGACACCUGAAGAAAUCGCCAAAAGCUACUCAUGGCUCAACACAGAUGACACAGGUGCACCUAAAACAAGCACGGACGAUGGCGUUGUAGAUGUGGCUGCCAUUGUGACAUCAGGACGUACACGGGAGAUUUUGGCACAGCGCGAAAAGGAAAAACAACAAGCAUUGGAGGACCAACGUAGCGGAGCAGCUAAGGAAAAACCCAAUGAAGAGCGCGAGUUUAGUUUUUUCCCAGAUCCUGUGACUGGAGAGCCCAUCAGGGUUGGGCAGCCACGGUUCCAAGGAACUGAGGUACUUUUAGAGGAAAUCACAUAUGCUGUUGGAGAAGUUCUCAAGCAUUUGGACGAGACCUCAAAGCGCCAGGACUGCUGGGACAAUGUGAUUAUUGUUGGCCGCGGAUCAUCGGUCAAGGGCUUUAAAGAAGCGUUGUUGUUUUCUUUGCAAUCGCGUUACAUUAUCACGCGACAAACUCUUGGGUCGGAACUGCCCUCGAUGUUUAAUACUAGUGGCUACAACACACCAAACAAUGGGACACCAUCCGGGAUUUCGACACCGAUUGGAGGUGGGUCGACUUUAUCGGGACACGCAGGACAUGGACAAGUGCCGACUCAGAUUCGACUGACGAAGCAGUUUGAUUACUUUGUGGAAUGGAAACACUAUGGAUGGGAAGAGGCAUCGUUUCUUGGGGCAGAGAUUGCGGCUCAACAGAUCUUUAAUGGAGCUCACGAAAAUACAUUUGUAAGCAGGACAGAUUAUAAUGCCAUUGGUCCUUCGGCCAUUUGGGAGUUGACUUUGUAA